AUGAAACUUGAAGUGUUUUCAACUCAACAAAAGCUCUUAAAACAAAGAAGAAAAAAAUGCUUCAAAAUCAAUUUUAAUUCUGUAAUGCAGCCGACAUUGUCAUGCGUGGUUUUCUAUUUAAGGACAGUUGUGAGUGAUGUCGGGGGAGUUCGUUUCAUGGAGAUCAGUAAAUCUCAUUCGUCACUUAAAUGUUGGCUUUAUAUGCAAAAUCUAACCCAUUUCAAAACUAAUACGAGUAUUGAUUUGAAGACAAAUUGA